AAAACAUAUGAAAAGCUACUCGUCGAUAAUGUAUCUACCGUAUCAUCUAUCGAAUCUUCUCUACGUACACUCACUUGGCUUUUACCAGGAAGGUUCGAAGAUGCCGAGGUGGCUUCUGAAGGGCUAUACGCCUUACUGUCCCUUGUGACAUCAUACCACGAUACUCUACUUCAACGUCGAAUCGACCCUUCUCUUUCUCUACCUCCUCAUCCUUUUCAACCGGAAUCUACUCCACCCUCUGAACAUGUCAAUCCCGAGAGUACAUCGGGAGAUUCGACUAUCCUACCAACCCCCAGUGAGCACGCGCGAUAUACACGAUAUUGGACCAAGAAGUCAGGUAUCUACCGUCGUGCCAGUCGGGCAUUGACGACUAUUAGUUAUGUUGAGCUGUUGGUGGAAAUGGUAGCAAAGAAGAAAGGGGGAGAUAAGAUUAGAUGGAGACUUGUAGUGUGGAUGGAGAGUUUGAAGACAAUCCUUCGUCUUAUCAUAUUAAUCAUCACCAAACGUCCUGUGCUCUCCCCUGCUACUCCUCAGAGGGAAUACGAUCCCUCUUCUCUUCCCCAAUCCGCAUUCUCCUCUUCAUCCUCCCCCUCAUCAUCCACUUCAUCUUCUAUUCAAAACACAUUUCCAUCUUACGACUAUCCUUCUCCCCCACUCCGAACACAUCUUUACCCUCUCUCGUCGGCUCUCCCAGAAACUUACCUCCCUCACCCUACGACCUUAUUGCCUGAGCUCGACUCUACGUCUGAGGUAAUAUCCGAGGUAUUGAGUAUCAGUUCAACCUUAGUGCAUGUGAUUCUUUUGUUACGGUCUGCGAAAAAACCACAUGCAUCAGUAUACCGUCCAUUCUCCCUCCCUACUCUUUCCAGGAAUUUAUCCCCUUUCCUCAUCCCUAUAAUCCUUCAGCUCCUCUCCCGAUCUCUUCGUUCUUCACGCAGUUCUAUCCUUUUGGCCGACCACUACGCUCAGCAAGAUCGUCAGUUAGCAAAGAGGUUCUUCCUCUCUGGUCCUAUGUGGGUCGGAUGGACCCGACCUAAGAUAUUGGGUGUGGUAAGGACCUUGGAGAGGAUUCCGGUAGUUGGAUUGGUGGGAGAGUUCGUAGAGGCUUAUUUACCUUUGGUGGAUGAUUAUUUGUAU